GUCUCGUAUAAACGCAGUUUGUGUCUGGAUGACUCAACCAAGAAGAAGAAAUGACAAAUUCGUUACGACGUUCUGACACAUUUUCCUCUUUUUUUUGUUCAAGUGCAUGAACGGAAAUAGUAAUUGAAAUAUGUCGAUGUAGUUGAGAUAGAGACUCAAGACCUACGGUUGUUUUAUGCGCCAUAUCGUUUUGGCAACUAAAAAAAUUUUUUUUUUUUAGUGAGACUAAGGGUUUCGUUCCCUUUAAAUCUAGUUCUAAGAAGAGUUCGAGUUCUUGAAACAUUUAUAAAAACACUUUAAAUUCAACUGAACAUAUUUUUGAGGUAGCGUCUUCAGAUAUCGCUUAUUCCCAUCCUGUUCGUAUGCAAAUUCAAAGUCAAAUUGAUAAGUGCUUUGUUGUUGUAUUUGUCCGUGUUUUUUCUCUCCUUUGUUUUUCGUACCUCUCGUCAAGGCGAGUUGGGGCGGUAAAAUAUAUAAAAAUAAAGUGAAAAAUGAAAAAUACAAAGGCAAAUAAGCAGAAAACUCGUUCGACUCGAAACCGCCGAUAGGGGCAUAUAAAGCCCGUUGAACGCCAGUCGAUGUUAACUCUAGUAACGUAGCGGACGUUCAACUAUCAUCAUGGUUAAGCUCGGCUUUCUUUCACUGCUAAUUGCUGCCUGUGUGGUUGCUGCCUUUGCUGCGGGUGAUUGUCCUUCAUCCUCCAAGGUUCAAAACUGUACCCCAAAGUGCUUGCACGACAGCGAGUGCAGUGCCAUUGGCGGAAAAUGCUGUCCGAAUUUGUGCAAUGGCCGCAGCUGUGCUCAACCCAAUGUGCUGGGAAAUUCCGGUGCCGAUAAGUCGCCUUUCGGCAGCAAGAACUCUGGAGCUACUGGCAGCUAUUGCGGCAAUGUCAAGUGCGGCAGCUUUGAGAAAUGCGAAAUGGAUCGCAGCACCAAGCGACCCAAGUGCGUGAGAUCCUGAAAAGCCAAGCACAACAUCAAGGGACACGGCAGCAACAUCACGUUAUAAACUGAUUACAUUGUCACUAAAUGGAUACUUUUUAGCUGGUAAACUUUCAUCAUAGUUCUUCUUA